GCAGGAGCCCCUUUCAGUUGAGCUCCCAGAAAGCAUGAGUCCGGUUCAGUCAGUCCUCCUUCCGCUCCUGGUCAUCGUGACCUUGGGCGCGGUCCAGUCCAGUCGGGUGCCGGCGGAGGUGGGCUCCCAGCCCCACACCAUUUCCCUGCGGCGGAAUGGCGAACAUGUCUGCGGCGGAUGCCUCAUCGGCAACAAGUGGGCCAUCACAGCGGCCCAUUGCGUCAGUUUGGCAGGUGGCCAGCAAAGCUACCCACCCAAGUCCUACAAUAUCCGAGCUGGCAGCAUUCAGCGCCUGGCUGGUGGCCAACUGGUGCCCCUCACCCAGAUCAUAAUCCACCAGAACUACUCCAGUUCGGGUGCGGCUGGAGCCAAUGACUUGGCCCUGCUGGAGCUGCAGACCCCGGUGACCCUGAAUGCCAACACGAAGCCCAUUGACCUGGCCACCAGUCGCCCGGCGGCGGGAUCCCAGAUCACCUUCUCGGGAUGGGGAUCCAGCAAGCCGGAGGGAUCGCUCAGUCAUGGCCUGCAGGUGGCCAGCCGACUCAGUCUGAGUGCGUCCGACUGCCAGAAGGAGCUGUUCCUGGAGCAGGAGGAUCUGCUCUGCCUGUCCCCGGCUGCCGAGGACUUCGCCGGACUCUGUUCCGGCGAUGCUGGUGCUCCGGCGGUCUACCAGGACCAGCUGGUGGGCAUCGCCGCCUUCUUUGUCAGCGGCUGUGGCUCCGGACAGCCCGAUGGCUACGUGGAUGUGACCCAGCAUGUGGACUGGAUCACCGAAAAUUCUACUUAAAUAAAACCGAGCUAUCGAAAGGGG